CCGCUUCUCCGCCGACGACUCUCACUCGGAAUCGCGGCCUCCGCCGACUCUCCGUCCUCCUCUUCCGAUUCGAAGCCCAAGGUCGUCGUCACCAGAGAACGCGGCAAGAACUCGAAGCUCGUCAACGCUCUGGUGCUGGAUGAAAUGAUGAUGUGAAUGGCGGUUCGUGGUUCAACGGUUUUCUUUGCUUUUGCGCCUGUGGUAGUGACAUCGACUUCUUUUUUACCGUCGGAAUCUUUUGCAUUCUCGAAGGUUUUGUCUGCUAGCACAAGCAUGGCAUCAGCUGUCUGGAGCUUCCUCUUAUCGAGCAUACAAAGGGGCCUGAUAUGGAUAGGCUUCCUUCAAUUUUGGCUGACUAUCUUUACUGAUUCCCAUCUUCCUUGUUCCUUGAUGGCAGUAGAUGAUGCCUUUGAUUGGAUUGUGAUUACUUCCCCUGAAGCUGGUUCAGUCUUCCUGGAAGCAUGGAAGGCUGCUGGAAACCCCAACGUAAAAGUAGGUGUGGUUGGAACUGGUACAGCUAGCAUCUUUGAUAAAGUAAUGCAGGGCGAUGGAACACUAAAUGUUGCUUUUACACCAUCAAAAGCAACUGGCAAAGUCUUGGCUUCAGAGCUUCCAAGAAUUGGCAAUGAAAAAUGCAGAGUCUUGUAUCCUGCUUCUGCAAAAGCUAGCACUGAAAUCGAAGAAGGCUUGUCAAAUCGUGGAUUUGAGGUUACAAGGUUAAACACAUAUUCCACGAUACCUGUCAGUCAUGUCGACGAGAUAAUUUUGAAGGAGGCACUUUCUGCACCUGUUGUUGCGGUGGCUUCCCCUUCUGCAGUGCGUGCGUGGCUCAAUCUUAUUCGAGAGCCAGAGUCAUGGACUAAUUCAGUUGCAUGUAUUGGCGAGACUACUGCUUCGGCUGCCAAAAGGUUGGGCCUGAAGAGGGUCUUCUACCCUAAACAUCCUGGCCUGGAAGGGUGGGUGGCUAGCAUCCGUGAAGCCUUGAGGGAGAAUGAUCAGUUGUAGGUGGCCUCGAUUUUCAGGAUCUGAAAAAGAAGCUGCAGUAAUUGGAAUGCGGCUUUGGCUCAUUGGGAGGAUGUGGCUUCUGUGCUAUGCAGUUCCAAAUCAACAACAAUGAUGUUAAGAACGCAAAAGCACUGAUGGUGUCAUACCUGGGGAGCUCUUGGCUAAAUCGACUAUUUUGUUUGGUGGCGGGAAUUUCCAGGUUAGAAUGAGAUCUUAAAAGCACUGAUAGGUUCGAUACUUUCUAUUGAAGCUCAUCUCUAGCUGUAAAUCCAACUUUUUGUACUCACUGUUAAUUCAUUAAUUCAACUUCUUUUUUUGGUAGCGAGCCA